GGCGGAGGGAAGGAAGGACGAGUUGGCAACACUGCAGGAGGGACAGUCACAACAACACUGGCCGAGACGUGACGAGUGGUGUGAACAAUGGCUGUCUUCUUUAAGAACAAGAAAAAGGAGGUGGAAGAAGAAUUCCCUAACACACUCCUGGGUUUUGGAUAUGAAUUUUCUAAAGACGGCAAGAUUCAGAAUGUGAAGACGGGAGAAGGGUUCCAGUUUGUGGCCAGGGAAGGGGACCAGGCCUAUAACCAGAUGCAUUACGAGGCACUAGGAGAGGUUGUGACAACAGAAGUGUACAAACUCCUGGAGUCGGAGUGUAAGCUCAAGAAAGCUCCUGUGCCCUACAACUCUCAGGGGGAGGAGGAAGGCACCUUUAUCUUCCUCUCUGAUGACGCUUUGAGCAACCCUGACAAGCUCUUGGUCUUGAUCCACGGCAGCGGAGUUGUGAGGGCGGGCCAGUGGAGCCGAAGGUUGAUCAUCAAUGAUUCACUGAAGUCAGGGACACAGAUUCCCUUCAUCAAGGAGGCCCAGAAAGAGGGUUAUGGUAUCCUGGUCACCAACACCAACGACAACUCUCGGCCUGGCAAGGGCAGGAUCAAGGGCAGUGAAAACCCCGAGUCUCAUGCCCAUCACGUGUGGAACCAUUACAUCCACAAUGCCAAGGCAAGACACGUGGCCAUCGUCGCCCACAGCUACGGAGGGUGUGUGGUGACCUCCCUGUUCACACAAGUGAAGGAAGAAUUCAGGAAGAGAGUCUUUGCCGUGGCCCUCACUGACUCCGUCCAUUACCUGCAUGAGGCGGGCCCCUUCAAAGGCCUCGUGAAGGUGUCCAAAAAUUGGGUGUGCAGCCCGGAGCCCCUGGACACACCCGUCAAAACACAUCCGGGGGACAUCACACGUGUGUCUGCAGUGUAUGUAAUGCCUUGAGACAUGGCCAAGGACUCUGGGCCUCAAGCUUCAUGCCAGGGAGUCCACGUCACGUCCCGAGGGCCUGGGUGGAAACUGGGAAGGUUGUUGGGAUGAACAGAUCUCUCCUGAGUAGAUCAGUUCCUUAUAUUUGAAACCUGGAAUUUCUUAGCAUUAAACCCCAUUUUCCACACUUAACUUUAUUUAUGCAGUUCAUCCAGAUCCUUUUGAAGCUCUUUACAACACCUGGUGCCAUUAAUUGACUAUGAGUAUUGCAUUAUCUGCAAACACAUUUGCUUGUCAACCUGUCUGGCAUGUCACUGCUGUACACCAGGAACAUAAUUGGUGCCAUAAUUGAACCUUGUGGCACUCCAGCUGUUACAGGCCUCCAUGAUGGUGCCUUAUGGCCGCCUUCAUCUAUCUUUCUGUCAAGCAGCUCUCUAUCCACUUCAGCAACUUCCCGGCACUCCCCCAUACGUUUUCAGUUUCCAAAGGAGUCUCAUGUGUGUCACUCUAUCAAAGGCUUUUUAAGACCUAGAUAGAUGCAGUCAACUUGUCCUUCUCUCUCUUGCAAAGUAUUCACACCUCUCCUGAAACUCAUUAAAUUUGAAACAUAUGAUGAUGUCAACCUGAAUCUAAACUGUCAUUCUUA